AUGUCUCCACAAGUCUCCGCCUCUCCAGCCACAUCGACCGGAAUACCGACUCCACGUCAAGGGCCGAGUCCAGUCCGAACAGAAUCGGAUAUCCCCGCGCACAUUGUUUCAAUGGGCAUGGGUUCUGGAACAUCUCCCAAAGAUGGGUUGGAAGAUGAAACACCUCCUAGGGCACAUGGACUCCAGGCCAAGAACGAGAAACAGCCAAAAAUAGCAAGAAGCAGAGGUGGUUCAUCCAACCAAGCAGCGAAGGAGCGACGCCGCAAGCAAAUUCGACUGGCGCAAAGGGCCUAUCGGCUUCGGAAUGUGACCAACAUUGAACGCUUGAAAGGCCGGAUUGUUCAGCUGGAGGCAGCUGUCCGCAAAAUGAGCGAUUCGGUAACCUCUUUCUGCGAUUCCACUCUCCAGUCAGGUGAUUUAGCCGCACAGCCUGAUUUGACGAUUCGCCUGCAUGAAAUGCUAGAGAUAUGUCUCGCUUCGGCUGUGGAUGCUGGCUGCGAGUCGGAGGCCAAGUCCUCAGACUUGCAUCAGCAGCAAGAUGCUCCACUCUCUCACUCUCCCUCACAAACAGAAUAUACUCCAGAUGAUUUUCCAGCGAUGCAGGCGGCAACUCAAGAGCCUUCUGUCAGACACCCUUUGAUCGGGCGUCAGUUGGGAUUCUGUGGAUUUGUGGACAUUUACGCAGCAGGUGAGGCUAGCAUGUAUAUAUAA